AUGGCGCCCCUUCCUCGGCGAAGGCUAGCGCCCUGCAGGGCAUUAUCAUUGCUGGUUGGUCUGCUUGCCGCAAGUUUUGCUUUUUCUUCUUUACAGCCAGGUUCGUCAUUCAUGGUUAUAAUGGCAAGCGCAACUACCAGCUCUGGCCAGGAUCAGGUGUGCACAAGCCUCUUGGAUGUCAUGUUGGUAGUUGAUGAGUCGGGCUCCAUUGGCACAUCGAACUUCAGGAAGGUGCGGCAGUUCAUCGAAGACUUCGUGAAUUCUAUGCCGAUUUCUCCAGAGGACGUUCGUGUUGGGUUAAUCACUUUUGCAACCCGUUCCAAAGUUCGGUGGAACCUGAGUGAUCCGAAGGCUACAAAUCCUUCCUUGGCUAUAUCAGCAGCUAGAUCUCUAAGCUAUUCAACAGGCGUCACCUACACGCAUUACGGUCUUCAAGAUGCGAAGAAGCUGCUCUACGACACCAAUGCUGGAGCUAGAAAUAACGUACCCAAGUUGGUUUUGGUCAUGACUGACGGCGCAAGCAAUCUCCCGUCUCAAACGAGAUCUUCUGCUGCAGCCCUGCGUGAUGCAGGAGCCAUCGUAGUUGUCUUGGGAGUCGGCUCAGGAGUCAAUUCGAGUGAGUGCAGGAGUAUUGCUGGCUGUUCGACUUCAAAUUGCCCCAGGUACUUGCAGUCAAACUGGUCAAACGUCACGCAGCAGGUCAAUGGUAUCAUCAAGGCUGCAUGCAAAGAUCUGGCAAAGGAUGCGGUGUGUAGCGAAUGGAGCGAAUAUGGACCUUGUGUGGGGGAAUGUGGCAAAGAAGGCGUGCAGACGAGCACUCGAGUCGAGAUAUCUCCGCAGAAGCCGGGGUCACCUCCUUGCCCGACAUGUGAGGCACCGAGGGGCAGGUCUUGUGCCGAGCAGCCUCCCGGACUUACUCGGACGCAGCCGUGCACGAUGCCAGUGUGCAAAACGGAUGCUCAUUGCGGGGAGUUUGGCGCAUGGUCUGAGUGGAGCACUACGUGCGGAACGGCGACGAGGAAAAGGCAGAGGGAAGGCUACAACAGUCCACCUGCAGCCGGUGGUGGGCUUUCUUGCAUGGAACAAAAUCCGCCUAAACAUGAAUUCGAGGUUGAAACGGUGCAGAAAUCGCCGUGCCCAGUUCAGCAACAACCGGGACCCUGGAGUGAAUGGACAGAGUGCUCAGCAACCUGCGGAGGAGGUACUAAGCAUCGCGAGCGAGAGGGUUUGCCACAGGAAGGGGAACUGUACGGGGGACAGACUUUGGAACAACAAGGCAUUGCUGUGAGGGAAACUGCUUCGUGCAGCGAGAACCCGUGCCCUAUCGACGCAACGUGCGGAGAAUGGACAGAGUACAGUGCGUGCUCCAGAACUUGCGGAGGCGGUACCCAAGAGAGGAAGAGGGAGCCGUGGUUGGAUAAUGCGCAACACGGGGGGCGCACCUGCAUGGAACAGUAUCCUGAUGGGCCCAUAUCGGUCAGGGAGUGCAACACCCAGCCGUGCCCUGUGGACGAAGUAGUUGGUGAUUGGGAAGACUGGGGGCAAUGCAGCGAACAGUGUGGUGGCGGCAAGCGGACUCGUAAUCGCGGCCCAAGCAAGCAAGAGGCCAUGUUCGGAGGCAAGACAGUUGCUCAACAGAACGCAGAGCUCCCUGAAGGCGAGAAGAUUGAGGUGGUUCAGGAAGAAGGAUGCAAUGAAGUUCCAUGCGGACCUUGCACGCUCCCCUUCAGUGAGUGGACCGAAUGCGAGUCGUGCUCCGGGCAUAGAACCAGGGAAUCCGCAGUAGCAUUUGAUUACACUGACAGAAUGUGCAGUGGUGACACACACGAGGUACAAAGCUGUGAGGAAUACUGUUCCCAAAAUGCUGGAGGGGGUGCUGGAGGAGAUGGGGGCGCAGGAGGAGGGACUGGAGGCUCUGGAGAGGAGGAAGGAAAGGAGGAAUCGAGUGGAUUUCCAACUGCAGCUGUAGCCGGUGGCGUGGCUGGGGGAGUCCUCGCCAUUGCUGCGGGAGCUGGAGCGUUUUAUGGAUUGAGUGGUGGGAGCGCGGCUGCUGCCACUGAAGCAGGUGCUGAAGUGAUGACAGAAGCUGGUACAUCCAAUGCUGCUGAGGUAGAAAAGGAGAGCCUCAUCAGUGCAGGUGAACAAUCAGAGAUGUGGGCAUCCUAA